UGAAAGGGUGCUGAAUAAGCCCCGCCUAUUGCGGAAGUGACGCCGACCAAUGGGAAGCCCGGAGAAGAACGUCACGUCAGCAGACGUCGGAGUGGAUUGGUAUGCUAGCUACAUUGAAACAAUCCGAACAACUCGAGCGCUCUCAGCGUCCGUGUCUCCCCGUCUCCCAGUCCCUGUCUCUCGGUGUCCCUUCCGUGGAGCCACCGCCGCGCUCCAUCGCUCCGGUUCUGGUUUCCGGCGUCUCCGUGGUUCUCCCGGAGCACACUUCCGGAGACGGUGACGGAGGGAGCCCGUGAACUUGUCGGCGUGUAAGUUUAAUCUCACGUUACUUGGGAAAGAAGAAGAAGAAGAAAAAAAAGUCGGGCUUCCAGUCUCACCGGAAACUGGGAAAUGGGUCGGCAUGGGCACGGAACCGGUUCUGGAUGAUCCGCGAGGCAUCCCGGUGUGUCUGUGUGUCAUAACCAGGAUUAAUACUAACCAAGGAGAUCGAUGUUUCUGUGGAUCUUCUGGAGAGAUGGUUUUGAUUUCUGAGGACCGGAUUCCUCCUCUGGUUCGGUUCUCCUUUCUGGACUUUCCCACUUUCUUUUCAUAGGAAGUGGUUUUUACUUCUUAUUUUAAAAAAAUGCCCGUUUUCUAAAAAGAAAAUUAAUCCUGGAAGCAGCAUGGUCCUCCAUCUCCCGAGCUUUCAGACUGACUGAUCCAGACCAAGUGAAGCUGGAGGUUCAGGAGGAGAAGAGGUAAGUGCUUAGGAAGGAAAAGUCGCCCACAUGCUCUGGCUUUGGGAUCCGGCUCAGAAAAGUGUUGAACCCUUGCAGGCUGGUGGAAGAUGGCUGUGUUUCCCAGCAGGAGCAGGUGAGAGAACGACCUCGGGGCGUAUUGGAUCUAUUGAUCGAGAUCUCGAGCCGGACCGAAGGACACAUGCAGGCCAAAAAACGGUAUUCCAUCUUGUUCUCCGCCAGCGCCUGUGUCGUACUGCUGCUGUACCUCGGCGGGGUACAGAUCGCCGAAAGGAGCCCGGGCGGCGGAGCCCGGCGUGGCCCGGAACCUCGCUGGCCCAGGUUUAUCGAGCACCUCCGAGCGUUCCGUACGUCGGAAAGCGACGUCGGAGCGUCGCCGAGAGACAAGAGAGAUGCCGUGUCCGGUGUCUACAAGGGCCGGAUGUGCCGCAUGGACUCGUGCUUCGACUUCUCUUUGUGCAAGAAGAACGGCUUUAAAGUUUACGUCUACCCUCAGGAGAAAGGAGAGAAGAUCUCGGAGAGUUACCAGAACAUUUUAGCUUCGAUCGAGAGUUCUAGGUUUUACACUUCUGACCCGGGACAGGCGUGCUUGUUCGUCCUCAGCCUGGACACCCUGGACCGGGAUCAGUUGUCUCCGCAGUAUGUCCACAAUCUCAAAGCAAAGCUACAGAACUUGAACCAAUGGAACGACGGCAGGAAUCACCUGAUCUUCAAUUUGUACUCGGGGACGUGGCCGAAUUACACGGAGGACCUCGGUUUCGACAUCGGGCAGGCCAUGUUGGCCAAAGCCAGCAUCAGCACGGAGAACUUCAGACCCAACUUUGACGUUUCCAUUCCUCUGUUCUCUAAAGACCACCCAAGGACAGGAGGGGAGAGGGGCUUCUUGAAAUACAACUCCAUCCCACCGUUUCGGAAGUACAUGCUGGUUUUUAAGGGGAAGCGCUACCUGACCGGGAUCGGUUCGGAUACGCGGAACGCUCUGUACCACGUUCACAACUCCGAGGACGUGGUCCUGCUCACCACCUGCAAACACGGCAAAGACUGGCAGAAGCACAAGGAUGCGAGGUGCGACAAGGACAACGCCGAAUAUGACAAGUAUGACUACAAAGAAAUGUUGCACAACUCCACUUUUUGUUUGGUGCCUAGAGGACGCCGUCUGGGUUCGUUCCGCUUCCUCGAGGCUUUACAGGCCGCCUGCGUUCCUGUCGUGCUCAGUAACGGCUGGGAGCUCCCCUUCUCCGAGGUCAUUGACUGGAACACGGCUGCCGUCAUAGGCGACGAGAGGCUGCUGUUACAGAUCCCCUCCACCAUCCGCUCCAUCCACCAGGACAAGAUCCUUUCACUCCGGCAGCAGACGCAGUUCCUGUGGGAGGCGUACUUUUCCUCCGUUGAGAAGAUUGUUCUCACUACGCUGGAGAUCAUCCAUGACCGCGUGUUGCAGCAGCUGAGCCGCAGCAGUGCGAUGUGGAACAACCUGCCCGGCGGCCUCUUCACCCUGCCGCAGUACUCCUCCUACCUGGGACACUUUCCUUUCUACUACGCCCCGCUCGGUAUCAAACCACAUCAGAGGUUCACGGCAGUGAUCCACGCUGUAACGCCGCUGGUCUCGCAGUCGCAGCCCAUCCUGAAGCUGCUUGCCUCUGUGGCCAAAUCCCAGUAUUGUGCUCAGAUAAUCGUCCUGUGGAACUGUGACAAACCUCUUCCUGCGAAACACCGCUGGCCUGCAACCUCUCAGCCCAUUGUCGUGAUUGAGGGGGAGAGUAAGGUGAUGAGCAGCCGUUUCCUGCCCUACAGCACCAUCGGAACGGACGCCGUGCUGAGUCUGGACGAGGACACGGUGCUCUCCACGACCGAGGUGGAUUUUGCCUUCACUGUUUGGCAAAGUUUCCCUGAGAGGAUUGUGGGAUAUCCAGCCAGGAGCCAUUUCUGGGAUGUCAACAAAGAGCGAUGGGGUUAUACCUCCAAGUGGACCAACGACUAUUCAAUGGUGCUGACAGGAGCUGCUUUCUACCACAGAUACUACAAUUACUUGUACACAAAUUACCUGCCAGCCAGCCUGAAGAGCAUGGUUGACCAGCUAUCAAACUGUGAAGAUAUCCUCAUGAACUUCCUCGUGUCUGCCGUCACCAAGAUGCCCCCCGUCAAGGUGACGCAGAAGAAGCAGUACAAGGAGACCAUGAUGGGACAGCAGACGUCGCGAGCCUCUCGCUGGGCCGACCCGGACCACUUCACCCAGCGGCAGACUUGCAUGAACAAAUUUGCCAGCUGGUUUGGCAGCAUGCCCCUCGUCCACUCCCAGAUGAGACUGGACCCCAUUUUGUUCAAGGACCAGGUGUCUAUACUGCGCAAAAAAUACAGAGACAUCGAGAGACUCUGAGCGGAAUCUCUGAGAAGCUUUCUUCUUUUCCAAAGGAGCACCAGAGUCCCGGGGGUCACCCCAGGCAGGGUGGAGAGGUGGAACCCUCAGCAAAUGGAGUGAGCUGGUCAUGAGGGUGUGGAUGGACAGUGCUUAAUGAAGUCUUGCUGUCCAAAUAAUCGACCAGAUAUCAUUGUGCUUGUCUGAACCACACCAUUUGUUUUACACUACAUCGGGGUUCUUUUUUUGGCAGGUGGACUGGUUUGGCACAUGACACACACCACCACACACAAGGUUAAAUCGCUGUGUAUAUCAGACUGCCAUCCUGUUGUAAUGCAUGGCCAAGGCUAACCGUGACCAUGGCAACCUUCAAUGCGACAGGGAGCCCCACCCCCCCCUCAUACACACACAUACACGUAACCACGCAGUUCUGGAAUCCAACACAAAGCGAAUAUCAGGACCCUGAAGGCUCAUCAAAACGCAUGAUGGGAUGCACUCUGUAGCUCUUACCUGCAUGUGUGUCUCCUCAGCCUUCGCUCCUGAGCGGUGUAUCAGUGAGAUCGCUCGCUACGUCCUGCCCCGGGGCUCAGAAAUGCGACAAUGUCACAGUGCCUGACCUUUUUUUUUUCAGGGUGCACCCGGGAGUCUGAAUCGAAUUCGAACGAAUGCAAAAAAAAAAAGAGAAAAAAAAGAAAAACGCCUCAUGCUGCUUGUGUAUCUGCCCAAAGUUCCCUAAUUUUUUUAUUUUUUUUUUCCUUUCCAUUUUUGACGUCUUUUCUCAAGCUCUGAAUCUCAACUAGAGAUCAUGACCUCGGCUCUUUUUUUUUUUUUUUUUUUUUGCACGCUACAUUCUGAGCCGAUGUGAUUUUAAACACUAAGACAUUCUUUCAAAAAUUACGGUUAAGUACGUUCUUUUUUUCUUCUUUCAGAGGCUAAUAAUAACGCAGAUUCUUGCCAUCGAUCUUUUUUUCACGUUUGAUUUUACCGAUUUGCACAUGAAAGAUUAAACAUGAAGAAGUACGCC